AUGCGGACUCGCCUACAGCCGAGCAGGAGACCUCAACGUAAGCGUCCACCCCACCCAGGUAAGUUGAAUAUUACCUUGUUGUCUUUACAUGCCCACCAUCUCCAUUUCAGUAACGAGCUAGCUCAACGGUUAGACAACCCUCCAGUCGCUGCCGCCGCCGACGCCGACGACGAGAACCGGUGGUGUCAACUGAGGAACACGGUCCAGUACACCGCCCUGGCUGUCCUCGGUCGCGCGCGUCGCCAACACCAGGACUGGUUCGACGACAAUUACGCCGCCAUCAGCAACCUAAUCGCCGAGAAGAACCGUCUGAACAAAGCCUACGUUCACCGCUUCACCGAAGACAACGAAGCAGUCUUCUACUGUAGUCUUCACCUAGUAAAACAGCGACUACGCGAGAUACAGGACACCUGGACGGCUUGCAAGGCCGAGGAGAUCCAUGGGUACAUGGACCGCAACAAAUGGAAGAACAUAUUCUCCGCGAUCAAAGCUGUUUACGGUCUGCAAACCAAAGGUACUGCCCUCUUCUCAGCGCCGACGGCAGUAUCCUAUUCACUGAGAACACACGAAUACUACAGCGAAUGGACCGAGCACUUCCGGGGCAUCCUCAACUGUCCAUCAACCAUCUCCGACGCCACCAUCGCCCGUCUUCUUCAAAUGUGGACCAACGCCGACCUCGACCUCCUGCCCUUUCUCCUCGAAAGCAUCAGGGUCGUGCAGCAGCUCUUCAGCGCGAAAGCGCCUCGAUCGGACGCGAUCCCUGCUGAGAUCUACAAGCACGGUGGCCCCCAACUCAUGGAUAAUCUGACUGUGCUCUUCCAGGAGAUGUGGCGUCAAGGAGAAGUAACGCAGGAUUUCAAAGGCGUCACAAUCGUCUACCUCUACAGGCGGAAAGGGGACCGCCAAAUCUGCGACAACAACCGAAACAAACCCCUUGCUGAACAUCGCCGGGAAGAUCUUUACUCGCAUUCUUCUCAAUCGUCUGAACAACCAUUUGGAGUAGGAUCCUCUGACGGAAAGCCAGUGCAGCUUCCGCCGUCAUCGUGGAACCACGGACAUAAUCUUCGCCGCCCGCCAACUUCAGGAAAAGUACCAGGAGAUGCGGACUCACCUGUACGCUACGUUUAUGAAUCAGACGAUAGCCUUCAACAUGAUGAAUCGCAAAGGACUGUGAAAAAUCAUGCAGAAAUUCGGCUGUCCAGGGAGAUUCACUCAGAUGGUGCAUGA